AUGGCCAACGUUACAAAGCUUUCCUCCUCUAACUACCUCAUGUGGAGCCUUCAAGUCCAUUCCCUUUUCGAUGGCUAUGGCCUUGCUGGUCAUCUCGAUGGAUCCAAACCAGCGCCUCAUGCAACGUGCAAUAACAACGCCUCUGCAACCGGUUGUAUCACGCGCCACCACUGCUUCCGAGAUCUAGGAGACUCUGAUGAGGACAUCGACCCAACUAAGGUCAUAGAGUACAUACCGGUGGUCAAGGACUCACCCAUGACGCGUUCUAAGACCAGGAGACUUCGAGAAGGAUUCAAUGAAGCUGUUGAGACCCUCCUCAACACCAUGAACCUUGGAGAUUUGCUCAAUACCCCGCCACCUGACGACAGCUGCUUGAGCAACGACGUUAACCCCUUGAGCAACACUAUUGCCCCGGAACUAGCCUUAAUGGAGGACUUUGCACGCAUGAGCCUAGAGGAGGAUCACCCUCAUUCAAAGCACUGUAAGUCUAUUUACUUGGCAGGUAAUGGAGUUCAGAACAAGUCGGAGCUUGAGGACAUGAUCAAGACCCGCAAUGUAGCAGACAAGGAGCUUAAGGAACAUGAAGACGUUUUGGGAGCUACUGAAGAGGAAACACUUGAAGAUCUUCACCAAGUCAACUCUCAAGGCACUGAAGAGGAAGACUUCAUCAUUGGACCAGCAAGGAGUGGACCCGGACCAGACAAGCUCUACUCAACACCACCUCAGCUCAACUCGCGCCAAAAGCAGGACGAGUUGUUGUAUCAGAGAUCCUUCCAUCAUCUCUGUGGUGCCAUCGAUCCACCUUCGACAUCCCCUUUUCGUUCAUACAAGAGAGAGCGUGAUAGCCAGCUUGUUGAACACCAUAUCGAUUCAAGUCUUGUGGAUUCAAGCCUUGUCUUACCAUCCUCAUCCACUGAUCUAAAGGAGAGAGCGUUAAAGCCAGCCUCUAGAUCCCAUCUUCCCAUCACGAUCCAACAGAUCUAA